AUGGAAGGCAUGGGCGCUCACAAUCUCGAAGUCGAUAAACCGGGCAAAGCAAGGAUCGUAAAGAUUUCAGAAAACUCAUUCCAAUCCACCCUUGGACCUUCCAAAGAAGGCAUCGCAAAAUUCAUCAGAGGUCUCAAUAAUAAAUUUGGCUCGGAAUUCGAGUGUACCAGCGGAUUCAUGAUCGAACCAACCUCAGAUAAGCGUUUCAUUGCUUUUCAACCUAAACCUUCGAUUAAAGAAGGCGAAUACAGGUUCGCCGAGAGAAACGAUGAUGUCUCUUGGCCCAGUCUUCUCGUUAGUGGUCUACCACAAACAUCGGAGCAUCGAACUCAGUGUCGGCAUCUGGAUGUGACUAAUGAAGAUGUUGCAAUCAUGUCCACGCAAUUCAUCAAGUGUCAAGAAGAAGGACGAUUUCCAAAGGCCGCCUUGGAUCUCAACUUAAGUGGAUACGGCAUAGGACACAAAGACGUUUCGGUUGAUGGGCAAUGCAUCAUGCUGAGACCUUGCGUCACCCAACCAAGUUCUUCGAGUCUCAACAACCGUGGAAUGCAAGAUACCGCAGGAAACAUCUCCGGUAACGACGCAGGUACAGACUGCAUGUUCGUGUUCAAGCACAACUUUGGUGACAAUUGGCCUUGUCACGGUGUACCCUCUGACUCAGGAAGUUCACGUACGUUUGUGGGAGACGUAAAUUACAUCACAUGGAAUAAGAAAGAUAGCCAAUGGCUUUUUCCACCUGAGAUUGCAGUCAACGACACUGUGCUGUCUGAAGAUUUUUCAAGUCAGAUUGAGAACCAAGAUGAGAGUAGUAUCAGUAGAUAA